UUGCCCAUCUUUCUGCUAGGGUCUGUUGAAGAACUCAAGGUCUCUUCCUCAAGCUCCAACUUCGAUUUCUUUCCGAUCUUCUCCUGCAUAUCUCAGCCGCACAAAGCCCUUGUCAAUUCGAUCUGCUUCAAUCGAAGGUUUCGACCCAAAUCAUCAACGACGUGUUUGGGCUUUGAUCUAAGACUACAAAACCCUGUUUACAGGUUUCGACCCAAACCAUCAGCGGCGUGUUUGGGCUUUGAUCUAAGACUACAAAACCCUAGUGGAAAGGCGAUAAAAGGGUUUGGAGAGAGAGAGAGAGAGAGAGAGAGAGAGAGAUGGCGGAGGAAGUUGUACUGGGCUUCCUCGAGAAGAAUGAUGAGAUCUCAGACUCAGGUGAGUUUGCUUCCGAACGUGGAAUUGAUCAUCAAGAACUCACCAACAUCAUCAAGAGCCUUCAUGGUUUCAGAUUUGUCGAUGCUCAGGACAUUAAGAGGGAGAGAUGGGUACUUACUGAGGAAGGGAGAACAUAUGCUGCUGCUGGAUCACCUGAAGUACAAGUUUUCUUGGCCAUACCACCAGAGGGUAUUUCACCGGAAGAAUUGCAGAGGAAAAUGGACCCAGCGGUUUUCAAAAUAGGUCGCUCACAAGCGAUAAAGAAUCAAUGGUUGGAGAUGGGAAAGCAAUUAGUCACCAAAAAGGUUCAAAAUGUGCAAGAUAACGUUAAAGAUAUGCUUACACGGGUACAAAAUGGAGAGGUCAUUGACCCAAAAGAAAUUGAUGCUCUUAAACGGCGAAAGCUCAUUGCUCCACAGACGUGGAAGGGCUACUCGGUAAGGAAAGGUCCUAACUAUGCUCCAAAAUGGAAAAAAUUUGCCACCGAUUUGACUCGAGAUAAUCUGCAAAGGGGUGAUUGGAAGGAUAUGGAAUUCAAGGAAUAUAACUUCAGUGCUAAAGGUCAGCCUAUUGAAGGUGGCCAUCUCCAUGCAUUGCUCAAGGUACGACAACAAUUCAAGAUGAUUUUUCUUCAGAUGGGAUUUGAGGAGAUGCCCACGAACAAUUUUGUUGAAAGCAGCUUCUGGAAUUUUGAUGCACUGUUCCAGCCACAACAACAUCCUGCCCGUGAUUCUCAUGAUACAUUCUUCCUGCAAGUUCCUCCCACGACGAAGUUUCUUCCUGAAGAUUAUGUUGAGCGGGUGAAGCGUGUUCAUGAGUUUGGUGGCUAUGGGUCCAGGGGUUAUGAAUAUGAUUGGAAAAGGGAGGAGGCAAACAAAAACCUUCUGCGAACUCAUACAACUGCUGUUUCCUCAAGGAUGCUUUACCGGCUUGCACAGGAAGGUUUUGCUCCCAAAAAGUACUUUUCUAUAGAUCGUGUAUUCAGAAAUGAAGCUGUGGAUCGAACUCACCUUGCAGAGUUUCACCAGAUAGAAGGGCUCGUAUGUGAUCGAGGACUUACUCUUGGCGACUUAAUUGGAGUUUUCAAUGACUUUUUUUCUCGUCUUGGUAUGUCCAAGCUGAAAUUCAAGCCUGCUUACAAUCCAUACACUGAACCCAGCAUGGAAAUUUUUGGUUAUCACGAAGGCCUAAAGAAAUGGGUGGAAAUUGGAAAUUCUGGCAUGUUUAGACCUGAGAUGCUGCUUCCGAUGGGACUCCCAGAAGAUGUUCGGGUUAUUGCAUGGGGCCUUUCCCUAGAAAGACCAACCAUGAUAUUGUAUGGGAUUGAUAACAUACGGGAUCUCUUUGGUCACAAGGUGGAUCUUAGUCUCAUCAAGAAAAACCCUCUAUGUCGAAUUGGAAUAGAGUAGAAUGGGGUGGUGUUUUUCCCUCAUAUUUAUAUCA